GGCAGAGACGCACGUGUGAGCGUCCCUUAGCGUCCAAGCCCAACUUGGCCCAAACCGCGUCGCGCCCCAACACCCCCACCCGCCUCGCAUCACAACAACGUCCACCCCACAGCCGUCAAUUCGACCACCGAAAAGUACGCAACCCGCCAAUUCUGCACCACAAAAAACAACAGCGACGAUGUUUUCCUCCACAUUCCGCGCCGCAGCUCGCGCUCCCACCUCGGCCUUCACACGCAGCUUCUCCUCCACCCGACCCUCGCAAGUCGCGCGCAUGACCGUUAUUGGCCGUCUAGGUGUUGCACCCGAAGAAGUCACCAUAUCCGGCGACAGGACACUAGUUCGAUACAUAGUAGGAACAAACUACGGCAAGGGCGAUGACAAGAAGACCAGCUGGUUCCGGAUUGCGAGUUUCGUACAGGGAGCACAGAAGGAUUUCCUCAUGAACUUGCCAAAGGGAUCGCUACUCUAUGUUGACGCUGAUGCGCGCAUGGAGACGUACCUUGACGCUGAGGGCAACAAGAAGAGCAACUUGAGCUUGGUUGCACGCAACUUCGACGUCUUAUCUCGCCCUCGUGCUACUGAGGAGACGGAGACUACGGACGAGGGUCUUGUUCAGGAAGGUUAGGUUAAACGAACGGUUUUGCCUGCUGUUUCGACUAGGAUAUUACCCAACGGCGAUUCUCUUAUAAUACCCGCAAGUGGAAGAUGUUGUGUGCUGGAUCGAUGGUUCCUGAUGAAGCAUAUCUUGCUCGGCGCUGUAGGAUCUCUUUACGGGACUUCUCUUUACGAUAUUUGAAUGUACCACUAUGGACUGAAAGUUCACUUUGUAUGAUCUCUACUCUAGGAGUGGCGUGGCUUGGGAUUUA